AUGGGAUUUUGGGACGAAAGUUUUUGGUUGCCUGAGAAUGUGAGUUGGAGUGACUUGAAGUCGAACUCAACCGUAUUGUAUCCAGAUGUUAAUGAUCUUAUGUCUACUGUUAAAUAUGGAGUAUUGAUGUUAGUGUUACGAAUUCUGGUUGAAUCGUUCGUAUUUCUACCGAUCGGCUAUAUAUUUGGGUAUGUGGAAGCACCUGAAGGAGUGUUCGAUCGAAUUUUCUCGCAUCUGAAGUUUGGAUUUGCCGGAAAAAGCAAAUUUAAACGAGUUGCCGAAACUGCAUGGCGCUUCACAUUUUAUGUAUUCGCUUGGUUUUUCGGUCUUGCGGUAAUGUGGGAUCAACCGCAGUUGGUAGACGUAGUGGAAUGUUGGCGAAAUUGGCCUUAUCAUCCCAUAUCCACUGGUAUUUGGUGGUAUUACAUGAUUGAAACGUCCUUUUAUUGGGCUCUCCUCUUCAGUUCAUUGUUGUUCGAUAUUCGUCGUGCUGAUUUCGUUCAGAUGACGUUACAUCAUACAGUCACAUUGCUGUUACUUUACAUGAGCUAUAUACUGAAUAUGGUCCGAGCUGGAACGUUGAUUUUGUUCAGUCAUGACGUUGCUGAUAUCUUUAUUGAACUUGGCAAAUUAUUCCGUUACGCAAAUUGGCAAGUGCCGUUAAUGAUAUUAUUUGUGAUAUUUUUAAUUUUAUGGACGCUGACAAGAUUGGUUUAUUAUCCGUUUUGGUUUAUACACUCAGUUAUAUUUGAUGCGCCACCACUCUUACAGAGCAAUUAUCGUUGGGAGAAUUUGUUGCAACGGCCAAUAGUACCACGCAUAUUGGUGGGGAUGUUGCUGUGUCUUUUGGUGUUGCACAUAUUCUGGACGUAUGUUAUCGUGAUGGUUGCGGUGAAUUCGGUUGGUGGGGAGUUAGAUGAUAUCCGAGAACAGAGUGACAGUAGUGAUGAAGAGGUGAAGAACGUCGAUGAGGAUAGCCCUAAAAGUUCUGACGAAAAGAAGGUGCAGUAA